AUCUUUUUGGUUUUUUUUUCUUCUUGCAGGCCUCACUGUAGAAAUGGAUAGGUAGCCUUUGGCGUAUGUAUGACCACCACCAGAUGGCAGCACGCCUAUCACAAUAUGGUGGCCAUGGCAAUGAUUCCCGCACCCUUUGGUCAAAACAAGAGCAGCAGCAACAGCAGCAUCAGCAGCAUCAGUCACAUUAUGUGCAGCAGCAAACUCGACCACAGCUGCAGCAGAGUGUGCGCGACUCUUCGUCAUACCAACCCAUGAAACGAGAUGACUUUGACCAUCGGCCCGUCUCCGUCACAAGUCAUACAUCUAGUGAAACUGAAGACUCCCAAAACCGAGACAGUCUGACCACUGUUCUCUUACCCUCGUCACCGCUGGCAUCCUCAGGUAAACCUGGAAGAAGGGACCAGGUAUCGAUUGAUCUCUCCUCCUUACCAGACAUAAACUCUGAACGUGCUCGCUUUCGUACCCUUGAAGAAAGUCGACGACAGAUCUUUACAAAACGAUUCCCGAGUGCUCCUUACAAACCCAUCAAACCCCUCACACGCAAACCAUUCUGCCUCACAUUCUGGAGCAGUCUCCUUUUCUUCUUUGCUGCUCUCCUCACUUUUUUUCCAUUCUAUGCCAUCAUCUUUGCCUUCUUUCCCAUCUGUGUUUUUCUCAAGAUGGUACUCGCUACAUGUUGCUGCUGUUGCCAAGACUCUCAUGCAUGCACAUGCUGUUGUGCAACACAUCUGACAACGCAUGAAAAAAUGUGGCUACGAUCGCCACCGCUGAACAGCGCUGUGAUCCAGUGCCUUCUCGUGGUCGAGCAUGGUCUGGACACGCCCACAAUCAAGGAUCUUCUCUACACACGGUUAAUUAUUGCUGAAAAACGGCGCAACCAAGCCACCUUUCCACGUCUUGUGCAGAAGGUGGUUCCAUUCUGCACUGGAUAUGCAUGGGUCUACGAUGAAGACUUCAACCUAGAAAACCACAUUCAUACUUUAUCGGACUUCAUACAUACUGAGGAAGAGUUACAGGACUUUGUGUCGGAAAUGGCCAGCAAAGAACUAAACAUGAAUCAUCCGUUGUGGGAGGUGCAAAUUAUCCAUAAUUUUGGACCGAGCAGAGACACCCUAAUCCUGUUUCGGAUCCACCCUUGUAUGUCUGAUAGCACAAGUCUUGUUAGAGUUUUUUUGAAGGCUUUUGUUGAUAAUCAACCUAACCUUAGUCCCACUCGCCACCUGCCCAAGGGUAGGAUGUGCAUGAACUAUAUUGGUGGAAUUUUCACAGGUCCACUGGUGUUUUUACAGAAAUGGCUCUGUACAAAAUCAGAUCUAAAUCUAUUGCAUGGCAACCAUGUUCAUUUGUCGGGUCGCAAAAUCGUGGCCUGGUCCCAACCUUUUAGUCUCUCUGUAGCUACCCGUGUGAAACAGAUUGCUCGAUGCACACUCAAUGAUCUCUUUAUGUCGCUGGUGGCAGGAGGGUUACGGUCCUACCUGCAGCAGAACGGUAUCGAGAACCCGUUUAACCUGAAGUGCAUCAUUCCAGUGAACAUGCAGGUGUGCACCAACAACAUGAGCAAUCAUUACGUGUUUAUAAACAGCACAAUUCCAACAAACACUGAAGGUGCAAUUCCCCGCUUGUGGCAUGUUAAGUGCAGCAUGGCAAAAUUUAAAAAGUCAUCUGAGUACCUUGUGUUGAAUGGUGCCAUGUGGUUAAGUAGUUGUAUGUUGCCAGAAAGCUGGCAUGAUCGCGUCUGGUCAACGAUUAAUAAUCACUGUACAUGCCUCAUCUCAAACAUGGCAGGGCCUGAGAAUGUGCUCACACUUGACACGAAGGUCAUACGUAGCAUCAUGUACUGGAUGCCGACGCCUGACCAAGUGCCCAUCGCAAUAUCAUUCUUCACCUACGCUGAACAGAUACGUAUGGCUGUGAUAGGGGAUCGUUCUGUGCUUCCUAACCCAGAAUUCCUCACCAAAUAUUUUGUGUUUCAGGUGAGUAGCAAUUUU